AAUACAGGCUUUUUCAAUUAAUUAAGGCAUAUAUAUGGACUGAGACACUUUGGAAAUGGUAGCUGAUUGUAACCUUUCUUGGGUCUUGAUGUUUGUAUAUGGCUUACAGCAGAGAUCAGAUCACAGCUAAAAGUUUACAACAUUCUCCAGUUAAUUCAUUAUUCCUCAGGGGGCUUGUUCUUUACACAAUUAGCCUAAUAUUGCGUAACAUUUCACAAAUGUGUAAUUUCUUCACGUGAUUGUACAAACUCUGAAUGAAUUAUCUGUAACAUACAGCAGCGUAUUAAAGAACCCGUCUAUUUUUAAAUGUUUAUAGCUGUAGCAAUAAUAUGAAGUUUAAUUAAGACCACUCCUAAAGGUUUUCAGUAUAGAUGUUUAUAAUUAAUUUAAUAGUAAUAGUCUUGGUUAUUAUUAUUAUUACUACCAAAUGAAUGUUUUGGGGGUGUUUUCACGUCACUCCAUCAAUUUCCAUAUUAACUAAAAUUCCUCGUUCAUUGUUGUAGGGAAUUCCUUGCACCGCCAGAGAGCAGCAUUGCAACAUAAUUGGGCUUGAUCAAACUAGCGUGGAUGGCAUUGCUUAGAAAAAGUGUAGGAGAAAAAAAGUCUUAGCUUGAUUUUCUAUUGACCACCAUCGUAUAAGCUGUCAUUGCACUAUAUGCUCACUAUCUGCUGGAAUAACUAGCCUAAGAAGUAAAGUAUGUUUCACAUAACCUGCUACAGAUGGCAUAACGUGCUGUUUUGCUUGUUUCUGAAGACCAAAGAGUGACUCAUAAUUAUACCCUCAAGCGCCAGGUAUAGCCCUACAAGUAAAACAGCAGAGACAACUUACAACAGAGACAGAGAGAACAUCCUUCAAUCGCUGUCAUUACGUUCUCACAGGUCUCUGUACCCACAGGAACAGACUGUGGGCAGUAGCAGAAUGGCAGAGGCAGACAAAGCCAACCCUGCGCAUGCCCUAUUCGACAACUUCAUCCAGGCUGAGACAUGCAAGGAAGUCCUAAAGAGCUUUUCUGAGUUGUGUCGCCACCUGGAGGUGGAUCCACACGACUACAAGCACUUCUAUGGCAAACUCAAAGACAGGCUAAACUACUGGAAGGCCAAGGCAUUAUGGGUCAAACUGGACAAGCGGGCUGCCCAUUCAGACUACAUGGAAGGUCAAGCGUGUGCCAAGAACAAGUGCCUGGUGCUGGGAGCGGGGCCUUGCGGUUUGCGCACAGCGGUGGAGCUGGCUCUCCUAGGAGCUCAGGUGGUGGUGCUGGAGAUGAGAGAGGCCUUCUCUCGGAACAACGUGCUCCACCUCUGGCCCUUCACCAUCCACGACCUCAGGGAGCUGGCCGCAAAGAAGUUCUAUGGCAAAUUUGCCUGUGGAGUCCUGGACCACAUCAGUAUACGGCAGCUCCAACUGAUCCUGCUGAAGGUGGCUCUGCUGCUGGGUGUUGAGGUGCACACAGGUGUGCAGUUUAAGGGGCUCAAGGAGCCCUCAGGGACCACUGGAUGGAGAGCUCAGUUGUCUCCAGAGGGCCACCCUGCUGCUGAUUUCCAGUUUGAUGUUUUUGUUUCUGCAGGAGGGGGACGCUUUGUCCCAGAGGGUUUCCGGAGGAAAGAACUCAGAGGGCAGCUAGCCAUCGGCAUCACAGCCAACUUCAUCAAUCGCCACACCUCCGCUGAGGCCCAGGUGCCAGAGAUCAGUGGUGUGGCUCGCAUCUACAACCAGAGGUUUUUCCAGGAACUACACACCGAGAUGGGUAUUGAUCUUGAGAACAUAGUUUACUACAAAGAUGACACGCAUUACUUUGUCAUGACGGCCAAAAAGAAGAGUCUGCUAAAGAAAGGUGUCAUCAAACAGGACUUCAGUGAUGCUGAGCAGUUGUUGGCUCCGAGUAAUGUUUGUCAGGAGGCUCUGAGGCGUUAUGCGUAUGAAGCUGCUGAUUUCUCCACCGGCCACUGCCUGCCUAACCUGGAGUUUGCCCAUAACCAUGCCAACCGGCCAGACGUGGCCAUGUUUGACUUCACAUGCAUGCACCGUGCAGAAAACGCCUCGCUCGUCAGGGAGAAGAAGAACAAGAGACUGUUGGUGGCCCUGGUGGGAGAUUGCUUGGUAGAGCCAUUCUGGCCUUUAGGAACAGGUAUAGCUCGUGGGUUUAUGGCAUCAUUGGACACAGCAUGGAUGGUGAGAAGCUGGGGCAAGGGUGUGCCCCCCCUUCAGGUCCUCGCAGAGAGAGAGAGCAUCUACAAGCUCCUGUCUCAGACCAGUCCAGAGAACACCAGCAAGAACUACCCCAACUACAGCAUUAACCCUUGCACCCGUUACCCCAACGUCAACACAAAAACCAUCUCACCCAACCAGGUACAGCAUCUAUAUUAUCGUGAAGACCUCAUAGAUGGCGGCCGUCUUAACAAGAGAACAUUGAAACAACCAUCUCGACGCCAUAAUGAGUCAGGGAGUAGCACAUUGGUGGACUUGCUGAGGUGGAGCCAACGCAACACGCACAACUACAAGGGGGUGAAGGUGAAGGACCUGAAGGAGUCCUGGAGGUCUGGGCUGGCCCUGUGUGCCCUGAUCCACCGCUUCAGACCAGAACUCAUUGACUUUUCCUCCCUGGAUGGGUCCAAUGCAGUUGGCAAUAACCAGCUGGCGUUUGACAUCCUGCAGAGAGAGCUGGGGAUCGCUCCAAUCAUGUCUGGGGCUGACAUGGCCAGAAGCGUCCAGAUAGACCAGCUGUCCAUGGUGUUGUACCUCUCUCAGAUCCACACUGCCUUCUCCAAAAGAGCGCCCCCCACAGAUGAAAUCAGUCUGCUGGCGCCUUCCAAGCCACUUUCCCUUUUCGGUGCCCGAUCUGCCGUCAGUUUCCUGAACAAGCUCAAACACAACUCCCUGCAGCGCCGCAAGGAGUGCCUGACUGCAGAGAGAGAGAAGAAGAAUCAGGGGAUGAGGAAGGAGGAAGAGGAGGAGGAGGCUCUGAUCCCAGAAGCCCCUGUGGCCCCUGUGGCCCCCGACUCACUAGAGGCCCCCCUCAGCAGCCAGGUGUGCUACUUCUGUGACCAGGGGCUGUAUGUGCUGGAGCGGGACAGCGCCGAGGGCAAGUUCUUCCACCGAAGCUGUUUCGCCUGCCACCACUGCAACGCCACUCUCAGGCAGGGAGGAUACACCUACGACCAGAGCACCGGAAGGUUCUACUGUGAGCUGCACUCUGAGGAAAUGGAAUUGGGCCACAGGAACUUCUCAACACACACAAAGGAUGGUUCUGCAGAGUCUGAGCAGGAUGGAUCGAGUGGAGAGGAGGGCAGUGACAGAGGGAUGAAUGGAGAGCGUGAGAUGAACGAGUCUGUUCCCUCACCUGCCUCAUUAGACCCUGCUGUGGCAGUGGAGUCGCCUGGUCCUCAUCCUGUCCCCGAGGAGGCACGGCCACCGACAUACCCCACACACCCCCAAGCCCAGCAACCUGAGCCUCCGCAGAAGAUGCCCCCCAAGGGCUCUGCCAGUGCCAGCCCUGUGCCCGCUCCACGUGGGGCACGUGCCAACAAACCACUGUCACCCCCCAUGCCAAAACCACGCACCAUCCACCUUCCGGCACAACCACCAUCUCCCAGCAAGCCCCUGCAUUCCCUAGGCAUCCCGGAGCGAAAACAUGAGGAUGUUGUAGAAGAGAAUGGGGAGGACAAAGAUGAGCUUUUUAACGAGACACCCACUGUCCCAGCUGAGGACGGAAGUGAGAAUGGAGCAGACAGCGCCUCCCCCAUGUCCAAGGCCUCACUGCGGAAGCUGGAGCUGUCUGACGAGGAGCGCAGUCAGCUGGGCAGCCUCAGCUUCAGCCAGGACUCGGACUCGGAGACGCCUGCCUCUUCCUCUGCCUCCUCCUCCUCGUCCAAGCGCGUGGACGGGGCGGAGGGGGCAGUCGAGGAGGAGGGCUCCUGGAACACAGGCCAGACGCGAAGCCAGAGCCGAGAGCAUCGCCACCGCCGCUGCUUCAGGAGGAAGGGGGAACAUCCCACUGCAGCCAACCCCAACCAGCAGGGCGGGCGCGUGCGCUCCAAGUUCUCCCCCUGGAACCUGUCUUCUCCACGGCUGGGCCGAGACCACCGCCUCAGCGUUCAUGUGGAGGGAGCUGAUGGAGUUAAUUCAAACAUAUAUCAAUCAGGAGAGGAGAAUGGUGAAGAUGAUGAAGAUGACUUCAUGUUUCCAGACAACGUUGAUUUUCUGGAGCAGCAGGUCCCCUCGGACCCAGUGGAGGCGCAGAAGCUGGAGCUGCGUAAGAUGAGGACGCUGGAGCGCCAGGCCAAGAUGAGUGAGAUCCAGCGCUUCCACAGAGCACAGACUAUUCAGAGACGGCUGGAGGAGAUCGAGGUGACCUUUAAGGACCUGGAGGAGAAGGGAGUGGACCUGGAGAGAACCCUCAGAGAGGAGUCAGGUGACCCACACCAGACCAACCAGAUGUUACACCUUCAAACAGACCAUCAAAUAUCACAACACAGCUUACAUCCACAGCAUGAGCGUGGUCAACCACAUUCAGACUCGGGUGAUUCGGACCUGAUAGACGAUUGGAUAGAGCUCGUCGAGCAGAAGAAUGCUUUAGUUUCGGAGGAGUCUGACCUCAUGGUGGCCUCACGGACGCUGGAGCUGGAGGAUAAGCAGAGCAUGCUGGAGAUGGAGCUGAGACGCUGGAUGGAGAUCAAUGACUCUGAGAAGAGUGCUGAGGAGCAGGAGGCGGAGAAGCGUGUGCUGGCUGAGAUGCUGGAGGUGGUGGACAUGAGGAACUCUCUAGUGACCUUCCUGGAGGAGAAGAGGCUGAAGGAGCUGAGCGAGCCCCAGCUCACCUCCUCUCUGAUGGAGACCAAGAGACACUCCGCCGCCGGGGCCCAGGUGCACUGGGAAUGAGGGCGCCCACCCCGCACACACACACACACACACACACACACACAUAUAUAUAUGCCAAGUGCUCCCACAUACACACUACUCACGUAAGACUUUUUCAUGCUCUGCAUCAUUGUGAGACUUUUGAACUUGCCAAAGCCAAAGACUUUGAAGAUAUUCCAGUUUCACAUAUGUGUGCACAUGCACACAGUCACAUACAAGCAAACACACCCACAAAUACAGGUGUACACACACACACACACACACACACACACACACACACACACACACACACACACAGAACCCUCACUGCCUAGCCUUAAGAGACUUGAAGGAAGCAGCAUUCUCUCUCUCUUUCUCUCUUUUUCUCUCACUCUCUUUCUUUCUCUCUUUUUCUCUCUCUUUCCCCAGUCAGCACACCUGAGACCUUUUGCCAGUGGUUACGAUGAGGUCAUGAAUGUACAUAAGAGCAUUAUCUCACAUUUAGACUCUGAGCCUCAGCCAAGCACAUAAUCAACUAGAGAUGAUGUUUAUAUCCUUAUUACUCAAAGUAUUUACAAUGUGUUAUAUUUGAUAUAUUUAGAGAUUUAUGCUAUCCAUUUUGGGAGUGUCAUACAAUCACAGGAAUAUUAUGUGUCAUAUUUUGUCAAUGUAGUUAUUGUUAUAUGCUGAGGAUAUUGUAUGAUGAUAAUGACUAUAACGACGAAGAUGUUGAUGAUGAUGAUGGUGGUGGUGAUUAUGAUGGUGAAUUAUUAUUAUUAUUAUUAUUAUUAUUAUUAUUAUUAUUCCACAGUGAUAUUUCACAGCACAUUUUUGCAUGCAUCAUUGAUAUUCCGUUGAAUCGUGAUUCUCAGGGCUGGGGCAGAAAUGUGAUGCGUUCUUAUCCACAGUGUUAAUGAGUCAUGAUAUUCAAAGUGCUCUGAGGUACUUCACAGGAAGGCAAGGGUCAAUCAAAGAAAUGAUUCUCGAAGGUUAGCCGUACUGGCUGUGCUCAAAGGAAUGACGUAGAGCUGUCUUCGCGACAAUGUAGCAAACCGUUGAGACUAAACAUUGUGAUUACCUAGUGAAAGCAGUGUCUUUAGUUUAUGGUUUUGUUUUUUUCUUUGUUGCCUUUUUUGUGCAUCCAGACUCCCUCAAACUAUAACAUUCUGAAUAAACCUUUGAUUGCUCUGCAUCCUGAAAUGGGUUUGGAGCCCAUUCAAGCAAGAGUCAAGUCAAUCUACACAAGUCAUUUGAACAACCAAGUAUUACUGAUCUCUACAAGACACCAUACAUUCACUUUGACCACACACGCACACACACACAGACACACACACACACACACACGUAUCAUUUCACUAAAAACACACAUCUGUCUGUACAGUUGAGUGCAAGGGUCGCCAUUGAGGGGGGGUUUAUUGGUACGAUGGCUGAGGCAAUGCACUUAAUAUAUUUCUCUUUUUCUACAAUGACUGAAAGCCACUUUAUAUGGAAGAAAUAAAUAAAUAAUAGCCUGUUUAUUGAGGAACCAGUAUGCUCUAGACGAUUUAAAGAAAAAAAGAUGUAUUUUGUAUUUUUGUGGACGUCAAUAAAAAACGACCAAUGUG